GUGAACGCCAUUGGAGAAGGCGAGAAGCCGGGCUGGCCUGCAAAUAUCUCCCCAUCUUCUCCAAUGGAGGCUCCCCAUGGCGCACCAUCUUCUUUAGACCUGUCUCUGACGCUGGCCCCCAUGCCACCACCUCCAUCCUCCUCUGUUUGGGCUGCAGCAGACGACCUCGCUGCUGCCGGGGACAACGGCUAUGUCCAUGGCCAUGGUGGCGCCUGUGAAGCGAGAUCAUCGAGGCGGCUGUUCUCAUGCCUCUUCUGCGAGAAGAAGUUUGUCAAGUCGCAGGCGCUCGGGGGCCACCAGAACGCGCACAAGAAGGAGAGGGUCGGAAGCUGGAACGCCCACCUCUACCUCCCAGCCGACCACGACGACCCGCCGGCAACCAUAACGACUAGGGCGCCGGCGAGAUGGCCAAAUGCGCCCCUUGACAACGGCGGCGACAAGCAGAUGCAGCGUCAGCUUGAUCUUAACCUUAAGCUCUAGGUAACUAACAGCUCGUGUGUACUAAGUGUUUACUAACAUCCUUUUAAUCUUCCUAUUAAUUAUUUUCCUUGAACUACUUAGCUAGUGUGUGCGUGUGUGUGUGAGAGAGAGCACUAGACUGCAAACCUACUUAGCUACUCACUACUCACUGUGUAAGAGAAUACGUACGCAUGUUUGUACUGCACCAUACAUAUAUUUUGGUUUGUACCAUCUACGGUCUUGCCCUAA